AGAAUGAGAAAUCUAGACUCUCGCUCCCAAUUCUCGAAUCACCCAAAUCCCGAUAUGGUCACCGGCACCGGCUCCAAAAAACGGCAUCGCGCCGUACACCCCGCCAGCUCCGCCACCGCCAGCAGCUCCAGCCGUCCUUGCGUCGCCGUCAUCAUCGACUCCCAUGCCAGAAGACCCACCCAUCCCGAUCCCAACCCCAUCCCGAGCCCGACUCUGAAACCCAACCCCACCACCCCCUACUCCUUCGACGACCCUUCCUCCGCCGAUGUCAUUCUCCGCCUCUUCGUCGAUCCCUCACCCUUAGACCCCUCUGCGACGUCGUUAUCUCUAUCCCCCGCCACCACCGAGCCUCAGGACGAUGUCGUUCUCCACCUCCACGCCCACGCCCUCCGCCGCUGCAAGUACUUCGCCGCCCUCUUAUCCGACCGAUGGCAGCGCCCCCACGCCCAAGACGACGCCGUACGCCACAUCAGCCUGCGGGUCCCGCCGACCCCGGGCGCCAUGGAUGCUCGCAUUUCCCUCCUCCAACUCCUCUACACCCCCGACCUCGCCUCGGCCGUAACCACCGUGUCGACGGCGCUCGACCUCCUCCCGGUUGCUUCGGAGCUUAUCUUCGAGGAUUGCGUUCGAUUCUGCCUCCGAUUCCUGGAGGCCGUCCCCUGGACCCAAGACGAUGAAGCUCGAGUGCUCGCCCUAAUCCCUCACCUGAGCGAAGACGAAGCCAAAGAUCUCAUCGCUAGGGUUUCUGGAACCCCCGAUUCGAGCGAGGAGAUGCUGUACGGUCUCAUCCUCGCAUUGACUCACAACCCGAGCAUGGCGUUCGUCAAGGCCUUCGUCGCAAAGCUGCUGCGGGAGUUUGGGUCCAGAGACCUGGUGGAGCGAGUUCUGGAUCGGGCAUUUCAGACCACCUUCAAGGUCGUCAAGGAGUCCAUGGAGGAGUACACGAGUCCUGGAGUCCGCGGCGACCACGACGAGACCGAGGCCAUCCAGAGGCUCAACCUCCACACCGCAAUGACCAAUGGGAAGCACCUGGUGUGGCUCGUGGAGAGGAUGAUCGAGCUCCGAGUCGCGGACUCGGCCGUAAGGGAGUGGAGUGAGCAGCCUGCUUUCGCUGCCGAUUUGCAGAGGGCUUUUCGGGAUGAUGCAUGGAGAAAUAUUGUGCCAGGGCUACCUAGCAUCCUGCUUCGCUGCACUUCGAGGCUUGCAAAUGCCGUCGCUGCUGGAACCAUUUUGGUAGAUGCUCAGGUUCGGAAGAAGCUUGUCAAAGAUUGGCUUCCGGUUCUGAUUGUUUGUAAAGAUACCAAUACUUCCCCUCUGACAUCUAGUAACAAACCACUGUACUUGGAUCUGGAAGAGAUAUUCCUCAGAAUAAUCUCGACACUGCCCAUGUCAGAUUCACAGGAGUUGCUGCAGCAGUGCCUCAGCUUCUCUACCAGGAAUGUGGAGGACUGUCCUCACCUGGUCACGGCAUUCAACACCUGGUUCCGCCGUGCGACUCAUCCCCCUCAACUUCAGAAUCUUUGUUAGAAUCACGUGGCAGAAUCAAGUACCUCUCAAGCUCAGAAUCUUCUGUUAGAAUGAUGAGGGGUUUGUCUUUUGUUAAUAGAUGAACUAGUGCCGCGUUGGACUCUUGCCCUUGUGGAUGUUUAGCUGUAUCUAGCAUUGUGCAUAUUAGCUUUUCCCGGUAAGCCAAAACUUUGCACUAAGUAUAUAUAACUGCUUUUGAUAGAUUAACGGUGAUCAGAGUUCGAGUGGAUGUAUAUCUGGAUCCUGAAAAAAACAUAUGAACCGAAUCUUUACUACAAUCUGAUGUGUAUACGGAAUUAUGGAUUUCAGAAUUUUCUGACUAACCAACAUAACGAAGCCUAAAACGCUUCAGUGUUGCUUA